CACAUCGCACCAAAUCUUGCUCUCUUGUUUUCUCGCUUCCUUCCUCCAGUCGAUUCGAUUCAAUCCCCUCCAACCUCUUUCCUGGAAUGGGGGGCGGAGGAGGCAAAUCGAGAGGCAGGCGCGGAGCGAAUGCCUCCCCGAAUCCACCGGUCCUGUCGUCCAGGGAGGAUCUCGACCGUGCCCUCCGGGACGCCGCUGCGAAGGCCUCCGAGAGCGACAAGAAGAAAGGAUCCCUAGUCGUCCUCGAGUUCACCGCGGAAUGGUGCACCGUGUGCCAGAAGAUAGCGCCCUUUUGGCGGGGACUUGGCUCCGAUGCCAAGGUAGUGUCCGCCGAUCGCUUGGUCGCGCUCUACACGAUCGAUGUGGACGCCUCGCCGGACCUGACCAAUUCGUUCGGAGCGUCCGGGUUGCCGCUGUUUGUUUUUUUGGUAGACGGCAAAAAGGUAGACUCUCUGGUCGGGGCGCAACAAACGGCACUGAGGAAGAUGGUGCUCAAGCACGCAUCGUCCUCCAACAAAUAGCUGAACCGAGCAACGCAGAGGACGAACCAAAGACAACUCUCGGAUUUAGUGUUAAAGUUCUAUGGCAUCUUAUGUAGCCAGUCAUCUGUGACGAAAAGCCUUGUUGCUUGGCUUUCUCUGCCAUCGGCUCAGCUACUACGAAUAGAGGUGUUGCACACUUCUGGCCGCUCUGCGUUUCGAGACCCAGUGGAACACGGAGUCGUUAAACUGGUACGUGCACUAUUUUUGCGUUUGAGCACUGAUGUCUCGAUAGGGGUUUCCCUUUUCUUGUUGUUGUUGCUGCUGCUAUUGCCGUUGCCCACGAAGUGGCAUUCUCCCAAUCUAAGCCUCGUCCGAUGCAUCUCCAUGGUCGGUUCGCGGUACACAACCUGGGAGCAGAGUGAGAUUUUCCGAUCCAACAACUUGGCAGGUCUUCGCCCAUAGCCUGCUGAGCAUAGUACCCGGUGUAUAUUUUCGUUGUCGUCUUGCUGGCCGUUGUGAUGCAUUCGCCCUCGGCUCUCUCGUCUCGUUCGUUGGAAUGAGAAGGUGCAAACCAAAUCGCUCUUGCUCACUUCCCAUCAUCUGCGCAUUCGUACCAUUCGACCACUAUUGAUACACAUUUUGCCUUUCUCUAUAUGGAAAUGACAACAAUGAAACUCCGUGGGCAGAGCACAGCCAUGAACACACAACUCAACACGGCCGAAUAAAAGAGCGAUAGCAUU